AUGGAACAAUUGCGUCUACUACUCUGGUUGAGUCCAUUCGUCGUAAAACAAGCCACAGCCACACCAUCAGUCUAUCAAUGCCCAUUUGUCGCGGAUCCUCGUAUGAUGGCGGGUUUUAUGCCCGGUGAAUAUUGUGGACACGGCUCUUUCUUACACUACUGGAGUUGCUGCGAGGACAACCUUUUCCAAUGUUGUUUCCAUUUUGAAACAUGGACCAUCGUCAUCUUUGCAUUGCUAGCCAUCCUUGCCCUGGCCGCAAUGAUUUUCUGGGUAUUCCGAGCCCUCCUGCAAGGAUCUUCAGAU